AUGGGAAAUACACAAACAAAAAACGAAGAAGACAAAGGUCAAGAAAAGGAGGACAAGAAAGUUGCUAAUGAGGAGGACAAAGAAGAAGAGAAUAAAGAGAACAAAGAAGAGGGAAAUGAGGAGAACAAAGGAGAAGAAAAUAAAGAGAACAAAGAAGAGGAAAAUGUCGAUAACAAAGUAGAGGAAAGUGAAGAGGACAAAGAAGAGGAAAAUGAGGAGAACAAAGAAGAGGAAAAUGAGGAGGUCGAACAGAGAAAAGCAUCUGUGUUGAUAAUGCCAUGGAGUAACGAAGAACGAAAUCAGAGGUUUUCUGAGUUAAAAGUCCGGAGGGAUGAAGACUUAGUAUCAACAAUAUUUAACGUCAAGAUUCAAGAAAUAGAACAAAAAAAGAACGAAGAAUCUGAGUCAGCUACAGAAAGGACACUUAAUGAUGAAACUGAAGAGACACCAGUUAGAUCUGUGCGGUUUCAAUACAACUCACGAGGACUCGAGGAAACUGCUUGUAUUCAUUCUGAAGUUGAUAGUACUGACGAUGAGAAAACUGUUGACUACAUUACAUUGUCACUAGAAGUGGAAAUCGCCAAAAACCUCGUGAUUUACACUUUUCACCAAUACAACGGAAGGGAGUGGACCAAAUCAGAAAUAGAACAGAAGGCUGGACGCAGCAGAGUAGACAUUGAUGUCUACGAAGCCUUCACCAUAAAAACCAUAUUCUUCACUAUGCGGUAUAUGUGUGAGGAACUCAUUGUACCUACUGGAGGGUUCGAGUACAAGAGCCAAUUAUCUACACAUCAACAAAUCACAUUUCCUAAAGGAGCUGUACAAAGAAACACCAAAAUAGCUAUAAGUGCUUUGUCCCUUGAAGAUGAAUGCAAGAGAAACAGGCUGAAAGAAAAUAUGGAAGCUGAACAGACUAAUAUUUCCAGCCUAUCAGAUAUUGUAUAUGUUCGCCAUUCACAGCCUUUUAGGAAGAAGGUCAAACUUCAACUUAAACUUGAUUGCCUAUUCACCGGCGACGAAUCCCAUGAAACCUUUCUAUUUCAUUGUGAUGACGAUGGGAAUUUGAAUUUGUUAAAUGAUGUGGAGAUGAAGAUGGUUGCCGAAGAAGCAGGACAUAUGCAGAUAUAUGAAGUAGAAGUUGACAGUUUUUCAGGGCAAGUUUGAAUAUGGUGCAAAUGAUAGAUAUAUAUAUAUGCUCUGCAAAUUGUUUGACACAUUA